GCUGGUUUAUAGUAGCACCGUGAACGUUAGCAUCUCCUGCAGACGGUAGCUAAAGUGCGGUAAAGACAUGACUUCCAGGAGGACGGGCUAUGCUGCUAGCAUGGACUCCUCUCCAUCAAACAGCGGCUCCAUCCACACUGGGAAUCGCAAACAAAGUAUAAUCAACAUCCCCGACAGGACCGACUCCUGCUAUGAUCGCAAAGCCGAUAAGGCUGCGUACGGGGCUGUGCAGGGCAACAUGACUGUGACGUCGCUAAAGUCCCGUCUGGCCCCGACCAUUCAGACUGCCAUGUCCGCUGCAGUGGACACCCUGCUGGGCGAGGUGGUGCUUGUUCUCAACGAGACCCAACAGGAGCUGCUGCACAAGGAGCAGGAGAACGAGAGACUGAAGGUGCGACUGGAGGUGUCGGAGAGGGAGCUGAAGACGCUGCAGGAGUGUCUGAGCAGCGCCCAGAAGCUCAUAGAUCAGCUGCAGAUCUCUUACGCGGGGCCCCAGUCUAUCAGUCAGUCCGUUUUCGCCCCUUCUCUGUCUUCCAUGGCUUCCCUGGCCUCAGGUUUGGACCGGGACCACCAGAACCCCCGAAAUGUGAACGGAGCCGGUGUCGACCUCGGUCUCGGUGGCUCUGUGGAUGAAUCGCUUCACGGGUUUGAGCCCAGAGAUGACUACAAAAUGUGCCAGCUAUCAAUCCAACCAGAUGGCUCUGUGACCAACCACGCGCUGGACUCCUUCACAUCCACUGCAUCUCAUAUGUGCUCCGAUUCCAGCAGGCCAGACCAGUCUCAGGGACCAGGUGGAGCAUCCAGGUUUGAGAUUAAAGAGGAGCAGGGUCCAGCUUCAGGCCCCGGUCAGCCAAGCAGGAAGGAGUCUGGUUUGCGUAAUGACGAGGAUGGAGAACGAUCAUCUCACAACAUCGGCGACCUCGGCUACGUUCAAGUUGGGGAGGGUGGUUCUCAGCGCUCAUUUACUCACCCGCUGCGGCACCAGAGGCCUGUGCGAGAAUGUAGCAAUGCCUUGCAACAGGGCGGACUGGAUGGACAGAAAACUCUGGUGAGGACUCCUGGGAGAGGAGACAGUGUUUCACCUGGCAGAGCAGAUGACUCGGCAGGACCUUCAGCCUCGGACACAGUAGUGGAUCCCUCUGGAGAUCGGCCUCACCACUGCCUGGAGUGUGGAAAGACGUUCCGCUUGAUCUCCAGCCUGAAGAAGCACAUCCGCAUCCACACAGGAGAGAAGCCUUACCCGUGUGGAGUCUGUGGCCGCCGCUUCCGCGAGUCAGGCGCUCUCAAAACUCACCUGCGCAUACACACGGGUGAGAAGCCAUACUCUUGCUCUGAGUGUGGGAACUGUUUCCGCCACUUGGACGGUUUGCGAAAACACAGACGCACGCACACCGGAGAGAAACCCUACGUGUGUGCUAUCUGUGGGAAGCGCCUGAGCCGUCUGCAGCAUCUCAAGCACCACCAGCUCAUCCACACCGGAGAGAGGCCGUGCUGCUGCCCCUUCUGCAACCGCAGCUUCAAGGAGCCCGCUGCGCUGCGGAAACACAUCCGCACGCACCGGGAGGAAGGCGGCCACAUGGGAAUUACUGCCAGUGAUGACACAGACCCGGACGCCAUAGAUGACAUAAACAACCUCCAUCCAGCUGCUCCGUCCCCUCAGAUGAGGUUCGGAGAGUGGGGAGCCGAGGAGGAUGACAGCUCAGUUGCGGACUGUGUGUAGUGGAUAAUUUGAGGAUUAACUGUCGGUUGCUAAUCUUAUAAAAUGUGGAACAAGGUGUUUGGGCAGUUUGAUAUAAUGGAUAAGACCAUCUCUGUUCCAUGCUGUUAGAGUGAAGACAUAUAACCUUAGACUUUGAGUUUUGUUUAUAUCUGACAUCAUGUUUUCAUCAUCGUCAGCAGCAUCAUUGUUUCUCUGACUUUCAUCAGGCAGCAGCAGAAGUAGCAUACAGGUUUUAAUUGGUAGAAGUGGAUGAGAUCUGCUUUCUCACUUUGAAAAUAUAAGAACGCUUAAUCUUCAGAGUCUCUGCUGAUGCUGCUUAAGAUCGUCCCUCGAUGUUAGUCAGGAUAAACUGUUGGGAUUUUAGUCAUGAGUUUUUAAAGCUUUAGGUAGUACAGAGCUGCUCUAAUACAGUAGGCAGGAAUAGAUGCAUAGUGCAGCUUCAUGCUUCAUGUGCAGGAUAAACCAUGCAUUUUCUGGACUAAACCAAAGCAUACAGUGUUAUGGUUUAAUCCAUUGAUGUGAUAAUUGUGUGGGUCCAUACUGUGGUGCUUUAUGAAACAGAAACUGACCAACAUCAUCAUGUGUUGAUCAUUCCAAAUCAUUUCCAGUUUACUCAGCCAGAGAAGCAAAUGUUUCACUUUCAUCCUUUAAGACCACGAAAAACAGACAUCUCAACUAUUGCAAUAUUAAUAAAAAAUGCCAUAUGGUAACUGGCUCCUAUCAUGAUAAAUGGACAAUAUACUGAUGUCUCCCAGCUCUACCUCACUCCUCAUUCUCCACAAUGAUAAAAAUACCACAAAAACACAAAAUUCCCAGUUGAUGUAAGUGGUUAGAUUUGACUACAUGUAUAGCUCUUCCUCUUCAGCCCUGCUCUGCCCCAUCUCAUCUCUGCUUUUCACUCUGCAGAGCCCUCAUCAGUUACACAAUCCUAAUGCUGAAGUGAUCUGUGUCAAGUAUAUCUCAAGUUUGAAGACGCUGUAUCAGUCCAGACAUUAUAUGUGUUAUUUCUUUGUCAACCAAACAUGCAGAGUUAUUUUAAAGAGUGAGACAACACCAUCAUUCACAACAUGGACCAUUUCUUAGCAUUCCUUCUUUUUAGAAAUUCAAGCUGCUACUCUGUCUAGAAGACCUCUUCACCUCUGUAUUUAUAAUUAUUGUUGCAAGCCAGUUACUAGCGGACAAACUUUGGUGCUUGCAUGUGCAUAUUUGUUUCUCCGCUGGUGAUGAUGCCUCCUGGGCGUUUCUGUAAAUAAGAAUAUAGUUUUAGGCAUUUUAUCCAGUUUAGUAAGGGGUUGACGUUUGUGGAAAAAGUGGAUGUGCAACAAUGACCUUUUUUCUUUAAUGUAACGUGCUUUUUAACCCAUCAGUAUUCUAACGCAAUGUAAAUAUAUAAAUCUUUUUAAAUAUCUCUCUGAUGUUUCUCCUGAUGUUCUGAUCCAAUGCAACGAAGGCAUCAAGUUGAACAACAGAUGAAUCCUCUCAGCCCUUCGAGCUAUUCUCUAGGUCUCUUGUGUCAUUUGCCAUGUAUACUACUCUAAUGAUCUCUAUGUACAUCUGCAAGUGUAAGUCAUUUUACAAGGCACUCAAAAUGUAAAAUAUAUGUCACAAGAAUACGAUUUGCGAAUUAACACGGUCCCGGUUUAUCAUAAUUAUUGUUUUUAGUGUUACAUACAUGGGGGCUGUGCAUGUAGGUUUAAAUUGAAAUGGCAUUCUUCCUUAACAGAUCAUUUAAUGUUAAAUGAAUUAAAUUUUUUAGCCAAUGUGUUCAAAAUAUAUUCCCACAAUUCACAUCCAUCCUGUUAUCUACUGUAAAUGUGACUAUAUUAAAGGGCCUUGUUUGUUA